AGAAAAAAUUAAGAGACCACCUGUAUUCGCGAUUGAUGGAUCACCGACUUCAACAAUUGAAAGCCGACAAUACACAUACGGCAUGGUUGUACUUGGCCUAUCUUCAUGCACUUACAGCAUCUCCAUUAGCGGAUCCUUUCACCGAGAUUACCGGAACCGAAUCUGCUAUGCAAAUACUACAGUCGGGGAGAUGUUGGUCGUGCAAACCGUAUGAAAAUAAGGAAUCAUAUGUCAUCCUUGAGGCCAUCAAGGAAUUAUCUCCCAUUCGCCAGUAUUAUCCUAUCAAAAUGAAAAAAAUGGAAGUUACAAAGUGGCCGAUUGGGUUACCAGGCUCAGCCUCACAAGAUGCAUACAGAUUCAUUGUAGAAAAGUUAAUACAUGAUAGUAGUCGUUUGGAAGUUCUAUUUAACACUAACACUCCUAAAAUUCAAGACACGGCAAAGGUGAAAGAUAGCACAAGUUUAGAUUUAUGCCGUCGAGCAUACUUGCGAUACCAAUCAUUGAUAUCGGACGAAGGAAAAAUUUCAUCUGCUCUGAUUAACCUUACCUCAACCACGACCAAUACGAUAUCAACUUAUAGAUCAUGGAGCCAUUCUAUGACACUUUGUGAUAACGUUAAGGAAAUAUCAGAACUUGGACAUUGCUGGAAUCAUAGGAGGACAAACAGUAGCAUAUUAGCCGGCUUUCUAAUAACCAGCAAUGAUCUUCAGGGCCUCACCAAUCCAACAAUUCUAACACAAAUGAGCAUAGUUGAACUACAGGGAUUGGACCUACGUCAAAAUUGGUUUAAUCUCUAUGAACUUGGCAGAAUGGCAAUGAAGCAAAAUUUGAAAUCUGAGUGGACAAUACUUCUUUCAGUUUUAGGUUUUCGUGGGCUCGAUGACGUUAACCAAUUAUUCCUCCUGCAAACUGUGGCUGUCCACAGAAUAUUUUUUCAAGCACAAGAUCCUCUUAACUACGAGUUGUUUUCCGCACCAAAUAAUUUCUUUAGCGAUACAGUAGUUAAGAAUAUUUUAGCCAAGGGUGUCCCAAGAGAUAGUCUGGAUAUCGUCUUAUCACUUGCCAAAGUCUUAUGGCCCGUUAAAUCGUAUAGCGUAAGCAAUUUUGAGGGCGUGACUAAUCCAGCUAAUGAGUUCAGCUUGAUCAAGGUAAUUGAUGAAAUCAACAGGCAUUUACCAGACUGGAAUAAAAAUUCGGAGCUUAAACAAUUUAUACUCAAAAUUGAGCAAACAAUGGCUGUCUUACCGGCAUCAUCCUCCAAAGGCUUGAAUUCCUCCAUUUUGCAACAAGUUUGCCUCAAUUAUCAGAAUCCCUCCGGAUUUUCUCUUUAAAGGAAAAAUUUGUGAUGGACUUUAACCCAGCAGUUAAAAGUAAAAUUUUGCAUGCACCCAAAAAAACUUCACAGUUAAAACUUCUUCCAUCGCCCCAAGAAGCUAUAGCCAAAAAAAUUUUUGAAGAGGGAUUUCUAACGGCCUCAGCGAAUGAAGAGAACUUGUCAGAUCAAGAACUGCUUUAUUAUUUCCGGAAAGAACAAACGUUUUAUCAAGACCAGCGCAAUAAUAUUCUACAACUAAUCAAGGAUUGUUUAGCUCACAGCGAUACACACGGUCUGAUAUACAGUGACCUUUAUCGACUAAAUCCUACGUCGCUAUUGAAACGACUUAUGAAAUCGAAUCAAACUGGUUUCACAACGAUGUUGAUUGGAGCUUACGGAGUAUUAUUUACAUUGGAACAGCGUGCUAGCCGGUGUAUAAAAUUCCACGAAAUGGGCCCCUCGGGUAUUGUCCCGCUACAUAGAGAGCGAGAAAAUCGACCACAUUCAAAUUGGAGUCCGGCUGAAUUUCCAGAAUGGCUUAUUUUCGAAAUUGAGUCCAACAUUUCCAUUCGGCCCAUGCAAAUUAACGUUGCGAAACAAAUGAUUGCCCCACCUGGUGAUGUACACAGCGUGAUGCAGCUCAACAUGGGCGAAGGAAAGACAGCUGUGAUUGUUCCCUUGCUGGUUCUCAAUUUAUCAAACUAUGAACAAAUUUGUAGGAUAACAGUGCUUAAGUCCUUAUUCAAGACAAACAUGACGUCUCUGAUGUUCUCAUUGGGAGGAUUACUAAAUCGGAGAAUAUAUACAUUCCCAUGCCAAAGAGAUUUUAACAUUACGGGAGACACAGGGAUCAAAAUGAUGGAAUUGUAUGCUGAAUGUCGCUGUAAGAGGGGAGCAAUCAUGACUAUUCCAGAACAUCGGUUAUCCUUCCAACUCAAAGGGUACGAAAAGUGUCGGGCGCGAUUAAUUGAGGACGCGACACCACUUAUAAACCAAAGAACUUGGGUUAAUGAAAAUGUUCGCGAUGUUCUGGAUGAAUCUGACGAGAUACUGCACGCCAAAUAUCAACUUAUUUACACUUUAGGCUCUCAACUUUCCGUCGAUGGGGGCGCACAAAGGUGGGAGGUUGCACAAAGUGUGCUGAAAAUACUCCAGGCCAGAAUGCUAGAUUUGCAGAAACAAUUUGGCGAUUCCUUUGUUGAUGUAUCCUCGUGGGAUGAGACCAAGCCCGAAAUUUUCCACCACAUGCGACUCCUAAAGAAAGAAUGCUAUCAAAAAUUGAUUGAGUUAGUCGCGAGCGACAUUCUUGAUCGGAAAUCACCAAAAAUUAAGUUACCCGAAUUGCUACAGGAAAAAGAGAACUUUUAAUGGAUUUAUUAACCAACGUCAAAAUCUCAGAGGAGCGCCAUCAUCAAGCUUUGGAACUUGUCAAGUCAACGCAUGAUACAUCCGUCCUAAUAUUAAUGGGAUAUCUAAAGUAUGAAAUUAUUUACCUCGUCCUCAGCAAGAGAUGGCGAGUCAAUUACGGUGUCGAUGUUGAGGGCGAGCGAAAAAUGGCUGUUCCCUUUAGAGCUAAAGAUGUUCCUGCAAAGCGGACCGAAUUUGGACAUCCUGACGUUGCAAUUUUACUAACUCAAUUAAGUUAUUAUUAUUCCGGCUUGUCUGAUGAGGAACUGGAAGAAUGCUUCUACUCCUUGGAUUUUGUCACCAAUAAGGAAGAGGAGUAUGCCUCCUGGAUAAGGGAGAUUCGACCAGAAUUCGUUCACCAAUCAAUCCAAAACCUUAGUGGGGUAAAUUUGUCGGAUGUGCAACAAAAGCAAACUCACUUGUUUCCAUUUCUCCGGCGGAAUAUGGUCGUCGUUGACUUUUAUUUGGGAAAAAUUGUAUUCCCCAAAGAAUCACGAACCUUUGAAAAGAAACUCGUCUGCUCCGCAUGGGAUUUAUGCAGUGAAGACGCUACCCUCCCAGUUACUGGGUUUAGCGGUACCAACGACACUUCAAACCUCCUUCCAGCCCCGAUUAUCCAGCAAGAUCUUCCCCAACUACAGAGUACUAAUUCAGAAUUGCGAGAAACAAUUUUACGGAAGGAAAACAAUAAUGUAACCGUUCUCCCGAGAGGAGUCACUGCGCGUGCCAUCUUAACCAGAUUAAUUGAUAAUAACAUAGCCAUCCUUCUAGACUCUGGCGCCUUAAUGUUAGAACUUGAUAAUGAAGGUGUUGCCAAAACCUGGCUCAAACUGUUGCACCAAUGUGGAAAUUCUGAUAAGGAAGCGGCCGUCUACUACGAUAAAGACGAACUUCGCGUCAAGUUUGGCACAGAUUUAGAAGACAGUGUACCAUUUCACACUUCCUACUAUGUUGACAAACUGGAUCGGUGCGUGAUUUAUUUGGAUGAUGUCCACACUCGCGGGACUGACCUGAAAAUUCCGCCCCCGUCGGUUGCCUGUGUUACGAUAGCGGCUGGAAUGACACGUGACAAAAUGGUGCAAGCCUGCAUGCGGAUGCGCCUCCUGGGAAAUGGUCAUUCAAUCCAUUUCUUUGUAAGUGAUGAGGCACGCAAUGGGAUAGAUGCAUUGUGCCAAAAUCCAUCCCAAAGUCCGGAAGUGAGUCAUAUCAUGAGUUGGGUGUGCCAUAAUAGCGCCGAGUUUGAAAAGGAUGGUCUCAUCUACUGGGCAGCUUCCGGGAUUAAUUAUUCCCACAAACGCAUGGUUGAAACUAACUUUGCCCAGGUGGGCAUGUCACCGGAAAAUUACGUUGCACUGGGUGAGAUGUGCUGCGACCAGGAGUAUCAAACGUUACAAGUCAUGUAUGGGAAACACCGGGAUGAAAUUAAUUACAUAGACGUACUAAAAAGUGUAAUCGAAAAGAAAAGGAAUGAAAUUUGGGAUGAAUUUUUGCACAUGGGUUUUGAUAUUAGCAACACAAUUUCUUACUCAAAUUUUGGACAAGAGUUGGUCACCCGGUGCAAAGAAUUAAUCCCACACAAAGCCGUGGUAAGUCACCUCUUAUCAGAUGAAGAGCAAGAAAAAGAAUGUGAGGUUGAGUUGGAACAAGAAGAAGAAGUAAUUCGGCCACCCGCGGCCGAACCGGCGACUCAUAAAUUGGAGAAAGAUGUCGUUCAUUUCGUAAACCAUGGUGUCACAGAACCUGGCCUAACCUCGGGAACAAUCUUGCCAUUGCACGAGGCCUUAAAACAAACAACGAUGUACGAGCAGCUCCCCCCGAAAGAAAAUUGGUGUAAAAAUCUAGCCUGGCAUGUAACGAAGGAUUUCGUUUCUGUCAUCAUAUCUGGAAAUAAGCAGGAUAAGCUGAACGAAUUUAUACGCCCACCAAAUUGGAUACUGACGACUACAAAAUCAAAAUCGACUAAGGUCUUGCUAAUCAGUCCGUUUGAAGCGAACGAGCUAAUCCCACUUAUCAAACGAGGGAAAGCAGCAACGACCCUGCGCCCAUUUGCGCCAAGAUUAAUUCCAUUACAGUCUACAUUGGUUGAUUCCAACAAAUUAUGGCUGCCGUACACAAGUCAGGAUAUACGCCUACCAAGAAAUCUCCUCCCACCGCUUUAUUUAUUUUCAGCUACGUUGUACUUCCUAGAUGCCGCAGAAGUUGAGGAAUUUUGUAAUUUUGUGGGGAUAAUCCCAUCCAACGGGAGAACACCGGGGCAAGAAAAGGCGUUCCGAGAAGGCAAAAUUGAGUCAGGAUUUCUCCUAGGACCCUUCAGGAAAGAGAUAUGCACCAAUAUUGAGCGGAUCUGCGGUUUCACCAAGCAUCCGGGAAAUUUUGUCCGACAUCUUGUUGAAACUCGGCAUGGAUACUUUCCCCAAAUAUGUCACGUCUCCAAACUCAUGGUGGAUAGUGUAAAGGUCUCCAGUUUCGAGAAAUAAUGAGUUGAGUUGAUGUGUCAAACAAAUAAUGUAGCAACCAAGGAAUCGAAGAUGCAUUAGCAUAACGCUAAGAAAAUGGAUUUCAAGAUACUUUUACCUUAAUUAUUCAUCUACUCACAUAUUUAUAUAUAUUUGAAUGCAACACAGUUAUAUUUCUGUUAAUUUAGUUCUAUCCUAAGAAUAAACUAAAUUAAUAAAAAGGA